GUCGGUGGAAUAUGUCAAUACUAGUCAUUUCCACUGCUGGUGGAUAACGCCAUUGUAACUUUGCUGCGCCGUAAUCCCGUGUGUGCUGCUGCUGCUGAGUAUGCAGAAGAAAAAGAAAGAUAUUUUCGGAUAAUUUGAUUUGAAGUGCAAUUACUUUUGUGGCUGAAGAAAGUGAUUUUUCCUGGGGUUUUUCGGGAAGCGUUAUUGAUCGGUGGCUCCAGAAAGUGGUUUUCUGUGCUGGGUUUCGAGUGUGGGCACCUUGAAGAUUGGAUGCGAUUUCGUCUCGCCUCUCGUCGACAUUCGGAAAUUUCUCCUUUCGCUUAUACACGUAGGAAUAUUGAUUUUUCAAACAAGGUGGAGAAUUCAGGCGAUUGAAUACGGCAGCGGAUUCCGGAAAAGUCGGGAUUUAAAGUCGGAAUAGAGAAUCGAGGCGAUGAUGGAAGGGUUUUCCUGUGGAAAGUGUUGUCAUCAUCGACAGUGUGGCAAAGUUCGAAAGUGAUGAAAAGUGAUGGUUUGAUAAGUGCAUUUUUCUCUCCACUCUACUGAAUGUUCCCCGGGGUGGAUUUUCGUCGAAUCGGUACUGGGGCGGUGAUACGAGCACGAAACAUCGAGCUUCAGAAGCGAAUUGUGUGAUAUUACUAGAGUUACUGGGGUUUCAAAACACUUUUCCUACUGCUGCAGAAGCGGAAAAUCUUGGUUGUACAGGGAUUCCGAAUUUGUGGGUUUAAACAUCAACAAACAACGUCCAUUAGCAUAUCCUUGUUGAAGAAAAAAUGAGCCGCGAAGUGCAGAAAGAAAACAACACACCUUCAUCCAAUGAGGCCCACCAAUAUGUGGGACCUUAUCGUCUGGAACGAACGCUGGGGAAAGGUCAAACUGGUCUCGUCAAGUUGGGAGUUCAUUGUGUCACCGCUAAAAAGGUGGCAAUUAAAAUUAUCAAUCGGGAAAAGCUCAGUGAAUCAGUGCUUAUGAAAGUGGAAAGAGAAAUAGCUAUAAUGAAACUAAUUGACCACCCACACGUCCUUGGCCUGACGGAUGUUUAUGAAAAUCGGAAAUAUUUAUACUUGGUGCUGGAGCACGUUUCCGGUGGGGAGCUGUUCGAUUAUCUGGUGAAAAAGGGCCGCCUAACGCCCAAGGAGGCACGCAAGUUUUUCCGGCAAAUCAUCUCGGCGCUGGAUUUCUGUCAUUCGCAUUCAAUAUGCCACAGGGAUCUGAAGCCGGAAAACCUGCUGCUGGAUGACAAGAACAACAUCAAAAUCGCCGACUUCGGGAUGGCUUCGCUCCAGCCGGCCGGAUCGAUGCUAGAAACGUCCUGCGGUUCACCUCACUAUGCCUGUCCGGAAGUGAUUCGGGGCGAAAAGUACGACGGGCGACGGGCGGACGUGUGGUCCUGCGGUGUCAUCCUGUACGCGCUGCUCGUCGGAGCGCUUCCCUUCGACGACGACAACCUCCGGCAGCUCCUUGAGAAGGUGAAACGGGGCGUGUUUCACAUUCCUCACUUCGUGCCACCCGACUGCCAGAGCCUACUGAAGGGCAUGAUCGAGGUCAAUCCCGAGAAGCGACUAACGCUUUCGGAAAUCAACAAACACCCCUGGGUUACCGCUGGCGGAAAGGGGGAACUAGAGCUCGAGCUGCCAAUGAUGGAAGUUGUCCAAACGCAUGUGAUUCCUACCGUUUCGGCCGUCGAUACGGACGUCCUCAAUGCAAUAUGCUCGCUUGGUUGUUUCAAGGAGAAGGAUAAACUCAUCCAGGAGUUGCUGAGUCCAAACCACAAUACAGAGAAGGUGAUCUACUUCCUUUUACUGGAGCGAAAGCGAAGAAGACCGGCAGUGGAAGACGAUGAAGAUGUGCUCAGACCUCGGAACGAUAUCAUCGAGAUAGCUGAUCCACCCCGGAAACGACUCGAUACUUGUAGAAUUAAUGGCAGCAGUAGUCUUUCAUACGGCCAGAUCAGCGAAGGAUCGCCGCUAACCUCCCGAAGACAGACGUUCAACAAUGGCCGAAGCCACAGUAGCAGCAGAAGAUCUCCGUCGUCCGUUCCCCUGUCUCGAAGCUCAUAUCAAAGUCCGACCCGUAGUAUUGUGGUGAACUCCAAUCAACCGCUCACUCAACUGCAUCCACCUUCCUCACCAAAUUCAGUAGUGAACCGACACGCAAACUAUGCCAGCCGUGAUCGGAAGUCUCAGAUCGUGGAUCCCUCUUCUCCGGUGCAUCAUCGAGCAAAUUCCGGACCAGCGGUUACCGUUGGUCUGUUUUCGGAAACCGAUUCUAAUAACAUGACCUCUUCGAUAAACGCGAUCCCUGGAUCGCCUAUUUUGGGAAGCCCAGGACAACUUUCAGCCGUCAACACCGGUAGCCAACUGUGGAAGACAAGGCUAACAAACAUAAAGAACAGUUUUCUUGGAAGUCCCAAAUUCCAUCGAAGGAAACUUCAAAUUUCAACCGAAGAAGUGCAUCUUACGCCGGAGUCAUCGCCGGAGCUGACAAAAAAGUCCUGGUUUGGAAACCUUAUGACCACGGAAAAGGACGAAACAUUUACGGUGCUAGUCAAGGGCAAACCACUAGCUACGGUGAAAGCUCAUCUAAUACAUGCCUUCUUAUCGAUGACCGAACUGUCGCACAGCGUCCUGUCGCCGAUGUCGUUCCGGGUGGAGUACAAGCGGGGUGGUACUGGGCCUACGAUGUUCCAGCGGCACGUCCGGAUACAGGUGGACAUCAACACGAUCUGCAAGCAGGGCGACGUGAACGAUAUGCUGUUCGCGAUCACGUUUACGCUGAUUUCGGGCAACAUACGGCGCUUCCGGCGUAUUUGCGAGCACAUUCAGGCACAGGUUUGUUCGAAGCGGUAUCCGGCGGCGCUGGCCAGUCCCACGAACCAGCACAACAACAAGGUUUCGACGACUUCGGUGGCCGAGAGCAUAUCGUGCGGGUCCGAUUCGAGCGAUCGGGUCAACUACAAUAAGCAUGAAUCGGACAUCGAACCGGAAACGUUCUACGACAACAGUAGCGUAGGCAAGGCGCGACGCUCUUCGGCCACAUCUUCAAAUAAAAAUUCCGUCUCGUCGGAUGAGAUCGAAAUCAAAACCGUUCGUUCAAGCUCCGAAUCCACGGAACGAGAACGCGAACGCAGCGCUGAACGGACGGCGGCAAUGUCCGGUAGUGCGCUCGUAUGAGAGUUAUUUCUCUGAUAGGAUUUACCGAACACCUUUCCCAUCGACGGUGACGAUUCGGUCGAGUCCAAGUCAGAACAAAGUGUACUCCAACAACCCCAACAAUCCCCCGAACAACUCUCGUCAUCAACGCUGGUGGCGCCAGAUGCAGAACCAGCUGACGAAACUCUUACACUAUCCGUAUCUUCUGCUAGUACUCAUCCUAUUCCUGCUACUAUCGGCGAUUCCACGCGCACUUUCCAAUUUGAGGUUGCGACUGAUGAAGGCGCCACUUCUUCGGCGAUCCCGAGUACGGCGUACGGCGUCCCCUCGAUCAUCUCAUCAGCCAACUACUAGUUCACAAACAGGUGGUGUCAGCAGAAUGCAAACUAAACGAUCGAAAGCAAAAAACCUAGCAAUUUAAGCUUUGUGUAAAGCCAAAAACUACUAUAAAUAUUAAGCUUUUGAUAGGUACUUCAUCAGACAAUUUUUCUCCGUGAUUCACUUACCCAUAAAAUGACGCGAUCUCUUGUGGUUGUAGAUACAUCCAUGACACUUCAUCAGAGCAACCAUGUGGAAAUUGACUGCAAACACAACACGUUGAUCUCUUCUCUAAGGUAACCUAUAAGAAAAAAAACACAAGAAAACGAAAAAGCAGGACUUUUAGUCAAUUUGGCUCAACGCGCAUCGAGACAACAAACAUCACUUUAUCAAUCAGUCUGUUUAAUAAUAAUUGUUGGAUAAAUUUGAUGGUAAGGUAAUAAGAUUCAAAACAAAAGUUUCGAAGGCGGUGGAUCAAAAUGUGUAUCGAAUCAAGGGAAGAACAAAUGAUCAGCAGAAGGUUCGAAAGGCUGCGCAAAAUAAAGACAUCAACAACAACCAAAAAUAAAAACAGGAACAGGGUUUGGUAAGGAUCAGAGACUAAUAAAUGGUAAAUACGGAGCAGUGUAAGUGACACAUAAGUACAUAUGCUACGUAAAAUUUAUCUCUUACAAAUUAUAUGCAGUAUGCACACAAACAGAAUGGCGACGGCUUGGAUGAACAACUUUUAUAUUAGAACACCUAAUUUACCUAAUUAAAAGAUCUACUAGCCAAUUUUACCUUUACGGAAGAUCAUCUUAAAAAUGAAGAGGUAAGAAAAAAAACGGAAAACUAAAUACACCUAAAAGACACACAUAGUAAGCUUUGAAAUCGUACAUGCUACUACGCACACUCAUCUACAGCAGCAAAAUAAACACUAGACAGACAGAGCAUAUACAGUCACACAUUUCUAAACUCAUACACCCAGCAGGUAUAAAUAAUGGCUUAAAGGGCGGAUCAGGAUUCGUGGAAAAAGGAAAAUGGCGACCGAGAAGUGACGGAAGUGUCGCUUUUCUGGGUAAAAAUUUACUCACGAACCUAGAGAGCGCGUCGUUGUAUAUAAAAGCACACCGAAAGCAGAUAGUCUAUAUAUUCGAGAAACAAUAUCUUCAUAUUUCAUGGGAAUCGUUGUAGAGCCAUUUGGAAUAGGAAUAAAUGAAAUAUUGCAUCACUAAAACGCAGCUUACGCAUAACAGCAACAACACAUCUAGGGAUAGAUAACAACAAAGAAUAAUCUCAAAUACGAGUGGUUACAAAAGAAACCUCUUCAAUAUUUAUCAAACAAAGUAAACAAAAAAAAACAAAGAGUGGAAUUGCUGUUUUACCUGAAUUAAUUUCUUUUGUACAUUUGCUUGUGAGACAAAAUACUCAAAAAUGUUUGAUACCAUUUAUUUUCUCGCUUGUUUAUUUCGUAUCGAUAUUCGUAGAUAAAUAUGAAAUCCUUUUUGUAUGAGGGAAAAUCAAACAACUAAACGCUUAUUAGUUUUUAUGGCUACAAUAAAUGACACACUACAAAACCAAUUAAUACAAUGUCGGCUUAUGUAGACUAAAAACUUAUCGAAAAAUGAGGAAGAAUAAAAAAAAAACUCAUGAAAAAACCUUUAAAAAAAUUAAUCAAACAUCGCUUAGUUAGUAUCAUCAGCCUCAACAAAAAAAAAUACCGCGGGAGGGAAAAAACAAAUAAAGCAAAAUGUAUGAGCAAAAUAUACACACCAGCCGCAUAUUAAUAAAAAGCAGUGAAAUUAGGACAAAAUUGGUCACUUCUUUAUAAACGUGUCGCCAUAUAUGAGCGACAUUUUUAUUGAAUUCGAAAUUACAUCGGCUACGUGCAAAAGUCUGGGCAAUGUGCAAAAGAAGAAAUGCGAAAUGUUAAGGCUUCAGACGGCUGCUUCAGAAAGGUUCAUUAUAUAUUUUUAAACAACUUCAAAUCGAAUAAUUGUAAAAAAAGAAAACAGAAGCCAAAGCGACGCUAAAAUGAAAACCGCACUGUGUGCUAGUUUCGGUUAACGAACAACAACAAAUAAGCAGAAAUAAUGAAAACAUACGAACGAUCUAAUUCUGAGAGUAAAAAUUACCCCAUACAAAGCGCACUUGUAAAUUUGUACUAUGAGAGGGUAUCAACAGAAAGAAGUAAUACCUACACAAUACACAUCUACCAGCAAAUAAACACGUAAAACAAGGAAAAGUUCACACCGUACGUAAGUAACACACAAACACACACGCAACAGACAAUGUAAUAAUAAAUACCGGAUGAUAUUAGGAAAAGCACUUGUUUGAAAAACCCAACUCAAUAAAAACACGAUCGUCGUCGUUGUGUGCAAGGGAGAGAGAGAAAGAAAGAGAGCGAAAAGCAGAAAGAAGUUGUGUACAGCAAAUAACAAAAGCAUUCCAUGACAAAGAGCAUUAUGUACAGAGCAAAACGAAACAAUAGUUGAAACAGCAACAACAACAAUAAGCGAGAAUAGUGCUGUAAAAUAGAGACACAUGUGAAUAAGAAAGGAUACGAAUGGGUCAGCGCAACCGAAAAUAAAACGGAAAAAGGAAUGACAACAACAACAACAACAACCAAAACAAACAGCAACAACAACAACGGUGUAAAAUGGAAUACCAUAUGUUUUGUAAAGAUAAGUAUUAUUGUUCUUCAAUGAAAAAAAAAAAAACAAAGACAGAAAAAAUAUACAUUUGAAAUACAGACGCCAUGAAACAGUCGAAUAAA